AUGAUUGUUCACGCUAUGUAUUUUUCCCUGUUGGUGUCUAAAGGAGUUUCAGUGCUAACAUGCGGUUUAAAUACCAUUGGGAACAUGAGGUUUGUACUUACACACAGUUCAAGUUUAUGCUUUUUUCAAAGUUUAUUUUUCUAAUUGUCUUUGGAUAUGCUAUAUGCUUAUGAAUGAAACGGAGUCAUUUGUUACAACAAAGAAAAUAAGAAUGAGCAUGAAUCACAUGGGCAGGCAAGGAAAGGCAUAAAACAAUAAGUUGAUGUAAACUUCACUUGCUUUUUUUCAAAAAAAAACAAUGGGCUUCUUUUCAAUGAAAACUCUUCGUGUUCGUGUUUUCACUUUUUUUUCAGUGAGUGGUUAUCGAUAGAGGAACUUCCACCAGUGAUUGAACCUCGAAAUGCUUCGGAGAUUUUAAACAAACUUUUGAAGAGUUACGACAAAAGGCUGAGACCCGGACAUGCAGGUAUCUUCCUAUUUUAUUCCCUUCAUUAAAUAGGCUGUCUUUGUCUCAAACUAACGAACAGUAAUUGAGGGACAAAAUGAAAAAAAAAAGGUUAAAUUUUUAAGAAUCUUGAAUAUUGAAAAAGAGAUCAAUUUAAAGAUAGUUAUCAUUUUAAGCUGGCAGACGCCUCGUGUUUAAAACUUCAUUUAUCACUUGGAAAUCAACCAGAACAAGCCCAGUCCAUCAAGCUUUGGUUUCAGAAUGUCUUUCAACGAAACACUGUGGCCAAACACUGUAUACCUAAUUUUCGUCCCGCGAGAAUUAGCGACACGAAAUGCCCGUAUGUUCUAACAAACUUAACCGUGCGCUUUUAGUCGUAGACAAUGCGAGGCUAAGUGCGAAGCCAUUGAUAAGAAAACGAUUUUUAUUUUCAUGCAAAUAAAACUCAUUUUCACAACAAAGAUUUAGCUCGUAGCCCCGCCGUUUUAAAGGUGAGAGUUUUUGGACCUCGGAUAUGGGCUGUUUUGCACUAUACGCCACUGCACAUCCCCCAUCAUGAUACACCAUAUUUGUCCCCCAAAAUUUUGCAUAAGCAUUGUUUUCAAAUUCUCUUGGGACGGCAGUAAUACCCAGGAGAAAUGAAACACAAAGGUUAUGCAAAAUGGGGGGGGGGGGCAAAUAAGGUGCAUUAUGGGAGAUGUCCAAGUGGCGUGUAUAAGAUACGUAGUACAAGGCAUGAUGCACCCUUCACUUUUUAUUGUCGAAAACGAUAAUGCUGUUAGUAUCUCUUUUGCUGUUAUAUUCAUUAUAUUCAGGCACUAUUCUUCUCCUUUGAGAUAUGAAGGGGAGGAAGUUACGUACGGACGAUUUUGUCACAUAUUUAAUUCGCCAUGCUGGUGCUACGCUACGCGCACGAGAGCUCCGCCAAAUUUUUUGUUUUUUUUCAGAACGACCAGUUGAUAUUGGGAUAAAUAUUGCAGUGCUGACAAUUUCAGAUAUUGAGGAAGAAAACAUGGUAAGCCAGGCGCCAUUUGCAUGGUUCAUGAAUGGUUGUGUACGUGCUGUUACGUAGUUGUGUCAAUGGCUCAUUUAUAGUUUAAUUUCUUAGUAAACGUUCCAACUCGCACCAGGAGGGUCUUCCGUGAGCUAAAUUGUUCCCUUAAAGUAGCACUUUCCUAUAUUUUUAACUAUGUCGUAUCAAAGCUGUUUUUUUAAGUUUUUUUUUUACCACUCAUUUUCAAAAUUUCGCUUGAGAAUUAAACUUAAAAGCAUUAAUGUUGUCAUGUUGUGGUUCAUGAGCUACCCAAGGCAUUAACAAACAUGGUAACACAUGAUAACGUUAUACUUUACAUUUAGAAAUUCACAGUAGAUAUGUACAUGAGGCAAUUAUGGUUCGAUAGAAGACUGACAUUUGGCAAUGGAAGAACGGCCCUCGUUUUGCAGCACGAUGUCCUGAACAAGUUAUGGCUUCCAGAUACAUACUUUGAAAACAGCGUUAAGACCUCUGGGCAAAAAGAAACAGUUGCGUUGUUACUAUACGGAAAUGGUUCCCUUUUUUACACGCAGAGGUAAAAUGAUUCUUAAUAAAGGCGCGAUGACCUCUAUUAGUCGAUUGAAAGGUCUGUCUGUAUGUGUCAACGUCGUUUCCAAGAAUACAAAGUUAACUUGGCAAAACUUGAACGGUGCUGAAACUGAGAAAAAAAUUCGACAAAGACAAGUAUCGGACAAGGGUAGCGCAGUGGUGAGAGCACUCGCCUCCCACCGAUGUGGCCCGGGUUCAAAUCCCGGCGUCGACGCCAUACGUGGGUUGAGUUUGUUGUUGGUUCUCUCCCUUGCUCCGAGAGCUUUUUCUCCGGGUUCUCCGGUUUUCCCCUCCCCUCAAAAACUAACACUUCCAAAUUCCAAUUCGAUCUGGAACGCACGGACACGUUUAAACGAGUUCAUAUGAACUCUUAAGUGCUUCGUGGGUAAAAAAGUAAUUUAUUUUUUUUGUUAUCAAUAAUAAGUCACGCCAGAAGCAUGUAAUCCCGUUAUAUACUUAUGGUCACGCGUCCGUUUGCACGCCCUGUUGUAUAUUGUUGCGUUUCGUUGGGCGUUGUUGCGCAAAGUUUGAAACUACGCCAACAUUGUUGGGAGUUGUUGCAUCCGUUUGCACGACGAAUUGGUAAUGUGCAAUUCUGUAAUCUCGAUGGUUAUUUUUGGUAUCCCACAUUCCGGGCAUAACAGUUUUCAAUCCCGAGUCUCGCUCCGAUUUUGCUUAAAAAUCCCGAGUCCCGAGUUUUCAAAUAAGGAAACUCCCGUUUACCGAAAAACCUAUUAGGGACCGUUAACAAGGGAUGUACACUAUCAGUUUAAGGAUCUGUUCAUUUGUUUUUAAGACAUGUAAUCAUUUGUUUAAGGGUGACGGUCAUCGCCAGGACGUUGAUGAAUUUCCAGGCCUUCCCUAUGGACAAGCAGACAUUCAGUCUCACUGCCUCAUCUUGUAAGUACUUACGCCAGCAAAAGUUAACCCCGUCCCCCUCCCACCACCAAACCCCUCACCACCUAAAGGAGUGGUUACGUUAUGUGAGUACCGCCCUACAGAGUAUUGUGUCGACCCGUUUUGUACUAAGAAUGGGUAUUAAUUAAAUGAUGAAUUCAUAAAUGGUAUGAAUUUUAUACAUUGGAACGGUCACACCGCAAAAUGAAGAAAUAGGGCCGGGUAUUAAUCUAUGAAUUUGGAAUGGAAAAGGAUCAAGUUUUAAGUCAGGUUCCGUUGGAGUUAAGUCUGCAGGGAUGGAAAAAGUUGAACAAGGUAGAUUGAAUAAAAUAUUUGUUGGUCUAGAGACGAUAAACGGCCUUCAGAAGAUUCCCUUGCACCUUGCGCAAUGUUAAGUGUCGAUGACUAUAUUUUUCUUUGCAGAUGGUAGAGGAAACAGCCAACUGCGAUACAGAAAAAUACAGGUGAACAUGUUGAACAAAGCUCAAGAGAUGGCCGAUUUUGUGAUCAUGAAUCAAAGUGCAACAAUCACUUCACAAAAGUACAUAUCAGGUAACGUAUAAAUUGUUCCUUACUUUGGUAAACGUGUGUCAGAAGUAUUCCUUAGCAUUAUAAAACACGCUAUGCAUUAAGCACCACAAGAUGGACUGGUUAUACAAUUAUUGUCCAGAUCCCUCGGGACUGGCGAUAAGUGAAAUAAAAGUCGACGCAAAUCCCACUUUUUACAUCCGCUCUGGUUGGAUAAAAUACUCGUUUGGGUGUGAAAUAUUCAGUAAUUCUUGAAAAUAAUUCAAACCUGAAUUUUCUCCCCACAUAGGGUAAUCCAGAUUACGGAAAAUGGGAAAAUUUUGCUUGUGGAAUCCCAGAGCCUAGGGCUUUGGAAUCCGGAAUCCCGGAUCCAUAUUUCACUGACUAGGAAUCCUGAUCCAGAAUCCAAGAAUGUCUUGGAUACAUACAUAGUUACAGACUUUAUUGAGACUCCCUUCAACAGGGCUUUUCAGUCACAAGGAUUAGAGCGGGAGACCUUUAUGGGUAUUUAAAACGGUGAGCUUUUUGUAUAAAUUUUGCGAGGAUCCGAUCGCCUUCACAGUAUUGAUUACUUUUGUUUUGCUGUUCAUGAAUCAUUUGAGCGAAUUUCGUAUGACCUUGAAAAUUGGUUUCGGCAAGUGUUCGUUAUUCGUUUUAUCAGUAAAUGGAUGAAAAGAUCAAAACAUGGCCUCUUCGUUUUCCCGCCAAAGAAAACCCUAUUUAAAUAAGGAGAGGGCAUUGUUAGAUUGGCCAUUUGUGUUGCAGUAUGACGUCAAAGCGAAGUAUCUAUUGAUUUCUAGAAAGUUCUCUGACAUGAAGUUUUUUCAGCCGAGUGUUCGCUUAACCAACCAAAAGCCACGCGCGUUUAUAUCCGUUCGAUUAACCAAUCAAAUCGCUCUAUUUCCGUUCGUUUGUAGUUUCUGUUUUGUUCACGCGUUUUCAUUUCAAGGUAAUACGAAAAUCGCUCUAGUAGCUAGAUAUCAAACCCGUUUCCAAGGUCUCCACGGAAAAUGAAUUUGGCAAGUUGCCGUUUUGAAUUUGAGUCUUGGAACUUGAAUACGUUGACUUUAAUAAUAAUAUUGGUUAGUUUAAAAUCGAGUAUAGUUACUAAAACAUCAUUCAAUCAGGCACCAUUAGAAAUGACCAUCUCUCCAUUCCUAUAAGUAUCUUAAAACUCAGUUUGAGUUCAAGGUUGGAAAAUUUUUUUUCUCCUAAAUUUAAGUUAUUUUCCUCUUUAUCUUUCGCGUGUCAUAACCCUACUCGAAUGUAAUCUAAUUAUUGUAACUGCUCAGCUCGUUUAGCUUUUUCUACUCUGAGUAGAUUUUUGCCUGAUCUUCUUUAAUUUAUUCUGUUUUUUUGUAAAGGGGUUUUAAGUUGGCAUAUAAGUUGCUUGGUUGGUUGUUGUUGUCGUUGUUGUUCUUUAAAUUGAUUUAUUAAUGUAACAAAUGUAAUCAUUCCAGAAAGACGAUCAAGGCCAAAACCUGAUCUAUCUAUCUUUGCUACAGGUUGUUUCGACAUGGUGAAAAUCUCCUUCAUUGCGAAGAGAAGGGUUGGUUAUUACUUCAUAAAAGUCUAUUUUCCGGGAACUCUCUGCACUGUGGUUUCAUGGCUGGCCUUCUGGAUGGACCCAGAAAACAUCGGGGACAGGGGAACUGUCGGUAUUACCUCUCUGCUAACUCAGAUGUUCUUGGUGCAAAGCGUUAAUGAGCAUAUGCCGCAUGUCAAUUACGUGAAGGCCAUUGACCUGUUUUUAAUUGUCUCGUUUGUGUUCUCCUUUAUAACGCUUCUAGAAAGUAUCACCGUUUAUAAGGCCGCCAAAGGAGGAAAGAUGGAGAUGACUGCUUUGCUUCAAAAUGAAAGGGUAUGGGCGUACUUUGCACUUUCAAAUGAAAUCCAAAAUUGUGUGACAUUCAUGUCGAUAAGGGUUCGAUUUCUGUUUCGAGCUUCGCUUCGAAACAGAAAUCGGGCCGAAAUCACCAUGUCUGGAGCCCACGGCCACAUCCGCUAACAUGACGCGAUGGACGUACGGAUGAUUUUCUUAGAACCGAAAUUUCUUGGAUGCAUAUAUAGAUAACCAAAUUUUCUCACCCAUAGUGCUCCGCUUCGCGCGCGCAAGACCUCCGCUAUUAGCACACUCAUAAGUAGUUAUUACAAAGCCUGGGAAUCCAGGUUUUCUUAGGCGUCUUUUAGUAAAAGAAAAGUGAUUAAGUCUGAUUUGUUCCCCUGGAAAACAAGUAACUCUGUUGUUUUACUGCUAAACAGGAGGACAAAACUGAGGUAAAUCAAAACAGUGAGGCGAGUGUUACUGUCGUUGACAGGAAGAACAGCAUCUCGAUGAUUCUUGACCCUACACGGGCUAAAGGCACUUCAGAGAUGAAAGAAAAGGAAAAGAAGAAUGCGGACGCCUUUAUCGACAGAAUAUCAAGAGUACUUUUCCCGACUGCCUACGUAGCUUUUUUAGUUUGUUAUUUCACGACAUAUAUGGCUUAAAUAAGGGCAACAUGGGGUUGUUUUUUUGCGCGUUAAUGGUAGUUAGUGCUUACGCAUGCUAAGUGGGUCCAUAGAUGAUGAGCGUAAGUUAGUUAUUGUUAGUGUCAAUUUGUAAACUAUUAGUUACUGUUAGUCAAAUUGUAGCACCGUUUAGUGUAUUGUUUGUAAUCUGCUGUUUGCUACUAAUAAAAGAUAUAAAAAAAAGCACGCGCGAAUCUAGAAGCCCGUUUCUAAAAUACCUCCUUAAUUAGCUUGGCGGUGACGACAUCAAAUUUAGCCCUCGCGCAAGACUUAUACAAUGGUUGUCGGUGAAAACAAAUCGGAAGAAGUGGCGAAGUUUUUGAAUUUUUGUUUCUUACACAAUUCUUCCAGAAAAUGAUGGAUGCCCGGAUUCAAACAAUGUUGUCUCAGUAGCAGCUUAAGCGUCUUGUUGAAGUGCUGGGUUUUCAAGGUAACAGUUGUACGGAGUUGUUUGCUCCCAUUGAAAUACGGACGAUCAAUAAAGGUUAGAGGUACUGAAUAAGCGUUUGAAGUGAAAAAAAAAAUAUAUGCUGGAUUAAACCUGCUAUUAAGUAUAUUUUGAAUAAACUUUCAAUAGAUUUGAACACUCGUAAUUGCUUUUCUUGAUGCUGAAAUUAAGAAUCACGUUUACGGCCAGCAAACGGACUGCGAUCGACUUCUCGCUAUUGCUUCGCAAAUUCGAAUGAGAAACCAUUGAUAUUUGUAUACAUAAUUUAUUUGUGUGUACCUUAAAAAAAUGUAUUUCAGUAAUAAUUAGUACUAUACAUUUUGUCGAAAAAAAAAAUGUAUGAAAUGCUUUUUCAUUCAGAAAACCUCCCCUUCUCUAGGUACUUUUUCUUGUGAACACGCAAAUGUGGUCCGAGUUUCGUGUGAGUUCCAGAAAUAUGUAACCACUUUAUGGCAACGCUGCCUCGCUAAACAUACUUCAGCUGCUGUCUCCCCCACGGAGGCCUCUUUGAUUCAGUUUUACUUUUUUAUUGGAGUACCCAGCGGAGGCUAAUCUGCAGAGGAGAGAGGUUCAGUUCUGCCUAUGUCGGGAUACGAAGCUCAACACACAUACCCUGACACUUGAACUAAUAGCCUAGUUUUCAAUAUACAAAAAUCACAUUAAGAUUCAUGGAUGAAUAAUUCAUUUCUUUCGUUUUAUUCUCCUCGGUCUCGAAGCCAAGUAUGAAUUUUGAAUUCGUAACUGCCGUAAAUGUUCUGUUGUUAAAUGCAGGAGGCGUGUAUUAAAUUAAACUAGCUAAUGGUCUUGUUUUUAUAAAUUUGUCUGGACUUUCCGCAGCUCAGUAGGUAGACCACCCGCUAAGGAUACAAUAAUGCAUAUAUAUGACUGAUAACACAUUAGAGUUGUUUAAAUAUAAAACUGGUGGCAUCAUUUAACACGUUUUUACGACUUACAAAUUAAAUAGCUUAGAAAAUAGACGAUAUAAAUUGGCCGCGUGAAAAUGAGACAUUUCUCGAAGUGGCCAAGUAAUGUUCUAUCUAUUAUAUGAAACUACCAAACCUUUUCACUUUUUUUGCUGCGCAAGGCGCGAUUUAUUAUUAUGUAACUAUGGCAAUGAUGUUCUUUUCACGUGUGACGAUACUAUAAACGCGUCAUUUUCAGUCUUCACGUAUGAAGAUACCUUGGGGCGCGAUCCAUUCAACCAAAAUUCCAACCGGUCCGACCGCGAAAAGUGAUCCACCUCAAAAGGUGGACCCGUUUAUUCGAAACUUUUCCGGUUGGACCGAACCGAUCCACUGAGUUUUGGACCAAAAUUUCCGGAAAUUUUGGUUAAAUGGAUCGCCCCCCACGCUUUCGCGCGAAAGCUUACCUGGGAUUUCAUUGGUGUCAUGUAACAACUAAAUGUUUUCUAUCUAAAAGACCUGUAGUGCGACAUGUAAGUUAGGAUUGUAAAUAUGACAAGUUCCUUAGUCUAUUUGAUGGCGUUUCCUUAGUAACAGAGAGAUACAUGUAACCUUUCUAUAUCAACCCAUUUUACAUUUCGAAAAGGCAAUCACGACCAAAGUGCUUUUGCUUUUCACAGCCUCUCAAGCAAGUAAGUAGUAUAUUCCGAUACGUAUAUUCUUUGUUUUCCAUUUUCGUUAGUGAUAUCAGCUGGUCACUCUUAAAUAUAAGCCAUGAACAGCGCUCUUAAUUUGCUGAAACCGCAAACUACUUCUUGCAGAGAUGUUUUAAAUUAAACAUGAUUUCCCCCUCUUCUUUCUAUUCACGCAAUUACAACUAUUUCAUGAUAAUCCUAAAAUUCUGGGACAGUGGACUGAUGUUCAGAAUUAAAACGGAUAAUUUUCGGGCACAUUUUUCUCUCUUAAAGUUUUUCGUGUUUUUCUCACCGUUUUAGCUGACUGUUCAUACAAUUCUUCAUCCAAAUGAAGAUUCACCGACACCGACUGCGGGGGAAACAUUUGUCAUUGUUAUUUUGUAAAAGAGUAGAUUAUUUAGACCACUACGAGGGCAUCUCACCUGGAAUCUGCAGAAGAACUAAAAGUAAUUUUAGCUUUACAUGACGCACCAAGGGCCAAAUCACACGAAGACGAAAGAAAAAUAUAUUUUUCGUUCUAUCAUUUUAAACUAAGGUGCAUUUCAAAGUAGGUACCAUGAGGGCUCAUUAAGUUUCACUGAAUGAAACGUCGCAUAUAGUAUUGUAGGGAGAGAGUGUUAACAUAUGAUUUACGUGUUGUGAAUUAAAUUUAAUGAAAUUAUUUCCCCCAUAUCCAUCUUAGGUGGCAGGUGGUUUUACUAAACAAAAACGCGCAUUUAAGCCGGCUCUGCUUGGUCCUGACAAUAAAGAAUAAAGUCAUUAUUCGAGUCUGUUUUAACCAAAUACCUGAUUAAUUGAUAGGUGCUGGAUAUAGGCGUUGAAAUGACGGCUAUUUACUCAGAUUAAAACNAGACGAAAGAAAAAUAUAUUUUUCGUUCUAUCAUUUUAAACUAAGGUGCAUUUCAAAGUAGGUACCAUGAGGGCUCAUUAAGUUUCACUGAAUGAAACGUCGCAUAUAGUAUUGUAGGGAGAAAGUGUUAACAUAUGAUUUACGUGUUGUAAAUUAAAUUUAAUUAAAUUAUUUCCCCCAUAUCCAUCUUAGGUGGCAGGUGGUUUUACUAAAUAAAAACGCGCUUUAAAGCCGGCUCUGCUUGGUCCUGACAAUAAAGAAUAAAGUCAUUAUUCGAGUCUGUUUUAACCAAAUACCUGAUUAAUUGAUAGGUGCUGGAUAUAGGCGUUGAAAUGACGGCUAUUUACUCAGAUUAAAACUCGGGUGUGGAGAAAAAAAAAACAUAGUUUAAGUAAUGAUUAACAGAACUGAGUAGAGUACAAUCCUCAGGGAGUAAUCAGGCGAAUAUAAGCUGUUCACAAGCACGACAGACCACAUUGGCUGACAGCAAAGAUAUCAUAGAAAGGUGAAAUUAAAGGUUUGAACAGGAUAACACCCGUAAAUUAACAGUUAACUUUGUUAAAUUCAGCGCGCAACGAAUUUUUUGGGUAUUGUACAUAUGCGUGUCUUUUUCACACCUAUUAGUUCUAACAUUUUUGUUCAGUUAACUAUAUCUAAUCACGAAGUUUUUCUCAACACGAAGCUCAACUAAUUUGAUAUUAUUCACAUUAUGUCUAUUCAUAUUAUGUCGCAGGCGGCUUUUGUAAGCCCAUUAGGUUUGAAACGUACCUAAAAAUGUUCAAGAAUACAACCGCGAUGGUUCUUCAAGUUGUGUGUGCUGCUCUGAUGGUGUCUAAAGAAAUUUCAGUGUUGGCAUGCAGUUUGAACACAAGUGGGAACAUAAGGUAAAUUUGAAUCCGGUUCAAGCUUAUUCUUUGGUCAAUAAAUCAACUUUGGGUGUUCUCAUCUGAAUGACCUUUCUUUUUAGUGAGAGGUUAACAAUAGAGGGAAUACCGCCAGUAUUUGAACCUCAAAAUGCUUCGGCCAUUUUAAAGAAACUUUUGAGCAAUUACGACAAAAGGCUGAGACCCGGACAUGCAGGUAAUUUUUCUUGUUUUCCUGUUUUUGUUGCCUUUGUUAAAAUGAGACCAUAGUUCAUCCUCACUUGUCGCGAAAAUUAUUUCUUUUAACCGCGAAAACUAGUACCAUAAGGUACCGGACAGAUUUAGCGAAGAGUGUUUUGUUUUUGCCUUUUGCCAAAAUCACCUUUUUUCUCUCAGAACGACCUUUUUUUUUUUCAGAACGACCAGUUGAUAUUGCGAUAGACAUUGGAGUGCUGUCUAUUUCAAAUAUUGAGGAAGAAAACAUGGUAAGCCAGUCUUCAAUUUAGUAGCCUGAGUCGUAGACACCCUAUACCGCCGGUAUAGACUACAUCAGUGGUUUGAUGCGUGAGCCUGAUGUAACGUAGGCUACACGGUUUUUUGCAGUUUAUUUCUUUAUACAAUUUAAGUACUCUUGUAUUCUUCACUUGGUUCACCUGCACGGAAUCCAAGAUAGUCUUGGAUUCUACACCUGGAAUCCACUCAGUGGAAUUUAGAUUCUAGAUUCCAAUCGUUAGUGGGAUUCUAGAUCCCUUGAGCUGUAUUCCGGAUUCCAGAGCCCGGGAUUCCGUAUUCCACAAGGCAAUAUUUCCGGAUUUCGGUUUCCACAAGCAAAAAUUUCCUGGAUUUCGAAAUCCAGAUUUUCUAACAUGGUUAGGUUACAGUGCAGCACUUGAUAACUAACACAGCAUUCUAACUCGUACUUAGAAAUUCACAGUGGAUAUGUUCUUGAGGCAAUUGUGGUUCGACAGCAGACUGGCGUUUGGCAAUGGAAGCAACGCCCUUGUGUUGAAGCAAGAGGUCCUUGAUAAGUUAUGGCUGCCUGAUACGUACUUCGAAAAUAGUGUAAAGACCACUGUGCAAAAAGAAACAAUGACGGUGGUACUAAUUGGAGAUGGUUUACUUGUUUAUUCUAAGAGGUAAUUUGAAUCUUUAAGGGAAAAAAAAAUAACGCUGACACUUUUGGAUAUGUGUGGUACUUGAGUAGUCAUUUGAAAAGUCGCUGCCAACAAAAAGUCGUUUCGGCGACAACUUUGCCAAAGAACUGGGGCUGACUCAAACUAUUCGACACAAAAAAAGGACCCCAUAAUAAUUUUAAAGCAAUUUAGAGUAAUUAAUUUGUCGAAAGAAGGAGAAUUCUUAUAUUAGAGCUCCGAGCUCCAGGUUAGAAUCGAACUCACGACCCUCCGAGUUCUAGUUCGGACAAUCUAAUCACUGAGCUACUGGAAGCUCUAUCGAGAGAAAUUUAAUUAUGAUAAGAUAAAGAUUUGAAGAAUAACUGUCCACCGAACACAUGAGUGUACAAACAAAGGAUGUACAAUCAGUUUAAUAAUCUGUUUCUUUGUUUUUAAACUUGUAAUUAUUCGUUUAAGGGUAAAGGUCAUCGCCAGGACGUUGAUGAAUUUCCACGCCUUUCCUAUGGACAAGCAAACAUUCAGAUUGGAUGUUGCAUCAUGUAAGUAUUCGUAGCUUAUUAGGUGGCAUGUUAAGGCAUGGUUCACAUUAUAAUUUGCAUAAUUUGGCAAAGUAGCAUUUGAGAUGAAGCGGAUUGUUUUGAUCAGUUGUCAUGAAACUUGGCAAACAGUUUUAGCUCGGUGGCCUUGACUGAAUAUGUGACACAUUCAUUGUUGAAAUGUUAGUCACGUGACCUGCAAAUGAUCGCUAACUUUCAAAGUGUUCAAAUUAAAAUGGGGGAAAGGAAAUGAAAGACUAGCAAAUAUUCUUAGGCACCAGUGUUUUUCCCAUGGCCUGGAUAUUAUGAAAUAGCCCAACAUGUAUGCCUAAGUGGAGCAAGGAUUACGAAAUAAAGAAAAACAGGCCACUUGACUUUAAAAGACUUUAAUAACUCUUAUUUACAAUCCAAACAGUUUCGCUGACAAUUUGAUGACAAGUAUUUUUAGGCUGAAGUUUAAAAACCUUGCUCCCUUUUAGAAAACAGGUUUUAUGACGUUAUGAUCCAAGGAAUGUCACGUGAUGCUAGGGAAGAAUUUUCCAAAACUAUUUUAGUGAGAUAAUGUCGCUCAUGGGUACGGGUUGAGGUCGGGUUUUUCUCGUUCUGAAUUCCGCUUUGUCAGAACGGACCGCCUUAGUAAUUUUGUUACCCACAGUUAUAAUAGGAUUUAAUUGUUUUUGCCUUCUGUGCCAUGUGUAAUUAUGUGUUGUGCGUAUUCUUGACCUCCCUUGUAAUUUAGUGUUAUACACUACCAAAAGGGUUUAAUAAACUGAUUAUUAUUAUUAUUAUUAUUAUUAUUAUUAUUAUUAUCAUUAUCAUAUCUUUAUGCAACCCUUUACUUGGACCCUUCUGCGUCAUUAAAAAAGGUUAUUUGCAUUCUCUGUGGGGGGUCUUUUUAGCCUUUAAACCCAUGCCUUAACUUACCUCAUCGACUACCUAUUUUUUUUUUUGCAGACGGAUUUGAAACCAGCCAACUGCGCUACAGACGUAUACAUGUGCAUAUGUUGAACAAAGCCUAUGAGAUGUCAGAUUUUGUGAUCAUCAAUCAAAGUACAACAAUCGAUACCACAAAAUACUUCCUAGGUAUAUAUGAAACAGUCUCAUGUCAUCAUAGUUUGGUAAACAAGUGUCAGAAAAAUGUAGCAAUGAGAAAUCAGCAGUAAAUCAAACAUGGCGAGAAGGGGCGCUUUAAACUCUCUUUGGAGUCAGCAAGUUUCCAUAUUGAAUUCGAGUCUUGGGAUUUCUAUACUUUGGUGCAGAUUAAUAGUAAUGGUUUAGUUCUCCUCUUAAAAAAUAGAGGCAACAUGCACCAUAAAUUAAUCAAUAUGAUACAAUUACAAAUGACCACCUCACCCGAUCAAUUAUCUUAAGAUCGUAGUUGAAUUUUUAAAAUUGAUUAAUAUAUGAUUUAUCACCUUUGAAACGAGACGAUUUUGCCGUGAAUGUCCUGAUCCCAUCUAUCUUUGUUACAGGUUGUUUUGAGAUAUUGAAAAUCGCCUUUACUGCUAAGAGAAGAAGUGGUUAUUAUUUCAUAAAGGUCUAUUUUCCGGCUAUUCUUUGCACAGUGGUUUCGUGGGUGGCUUUCUGGAUCGACCCACGAAACAUUGGGGACAGGGGAACUGUCGGUAUUACCUCGCUGCUCACUCAGAUGUUCUUGGUGCAAAGCGUUAAUGAGAAUAUGCCACGUGUCAGCUAUGUAAAGGCUGCUGAUCUGUUUUUAAUUGUUUCCUUCGCGUUCUCCUUUACUACGCUUCUUGAGAGCGUUAUCGUUUAUAAGGCCGCCUCAAGAGAAAAGCGGAAGAUGAAAUCUUCACCUAUUGCCACACAGGAACACGAAACCGAUCAACAGACAUGUGUGCCGAAUCAAAACGAAGAGACGGCUGUUAAUGUCCUCGAGAGGAAGAACAGAAUCUCGAUGAUUCUCCACCUGACAGAAGCUAAAGGUAUUUCAGAGGUCCAAGAAACGAACAAGCUCAUGGAAACAUGGAUCGACGGAAUAUCCAGAGUCCUUUUCCCAUCUGCCUAUGCAGCUUUUUUAGUUGGUUAUUUCACUACGUAUAUGGCUUAA